GAAGUGUUGGACGACUACGGCGACACUUCCUCGAGCAUGCGCCCGUCAACUUCAUCACUCUCGAACGCUCCCUGGAAUCCGGCAAGAGCAUCAGGAUCCAAGACACCGGCGCAGAAAGCGACCAGAGCAUCCAAGCCAGAGCAGGGCCAGGCGUCCGUCGCCGAGCGCGCUGUGCAACAAGGUCAGAACGUGAGAGGGGGCAACAAGAAGACGCUCUGGCAAAGCUGGAUGUCUCUUCCGCCUCGAACAAGGAUGACAUGCGGAUUCGCGCUAGCAGCCUUCUCGGUUCUCGGAAUUGUUGCGUCAGACAAGCUGGAGGAGGCGAUACCUGUCAAGAAGAGCCCCGCCCAUCCUAUCCCUUCUACAUCAGCAGCGGCGUAGCAGGCAAUGGAUACUGUUGAAGAGUGCGGAUACGUCUGCGAGGGUUCCUGAUUGUCAGAGAUACGAUAAAUGCAGUCUGUUGCGAC